AUUAUUGCGCCAAAUUUUACAACGGACGUGGCGCUUGCUAACCGGUGUUUUUGUUUUAAAUUUCAUCAAAAAUGUUUGGAAUAGAUGUCUACACGGAGUGAUGAAGAAAUCCUGGUGUAACUACCCACCUGGAGUCGUCAAUUAUUGCACUUAUGACGGCAAUCAUUCUGUGAUAUCGUUUAGAAAACAGAAUGGUUGGCCGGAUAUCAAUUCGCUGGACCAACUGUCCGUCAUUUUUACGACCAGGAAUAAUAUCAUCAAGCACUGACAAAACAUGUUCUUCAGCAAAGAGAUUAUUUUCCCAUAUUUUUGGAACUCAAGCCAGUCAGCUGCGCUCUUUUAUCACCAUUGGUUUUAUUGUUAUUACAUUUUUGGGAUGUCUCUUCUUCUUACACCAUAACUGGUAUCCAAAUAGAACUAGACGUUUUACGUCAACUGAUUUUUAUGAACAUGGAGCAGAUUCACAUUAUCACUAUGGAAUUGUUAUUGACUGUGGUAGCAGUGGAUCUCGUGUUUUUAUUUAUUACUGGCCACCGCACAAUGGGAAUCCAGAUGAAUUGCUUCAGAUUAAACAAAUGAAAGACCCCCGAGGAAAUCCAGUAAGGAUGAAGAUUAAACCAGGAAUCUCCAGUCAAGUCAAUCAGCCAUCAGAAGCUUCUUCAUAUAUUGAUCCACUGCUGUCCUUCGCUGCGCAGCAGAUCCCUGAACACAAACACAAAGAAACACCACUUUAUGUCCUAGCAACAGCUGGCAUGCGAAUGCUUUCCACUGCAGACCAGGAGUCUAUUUUAGAUGACUUGAGGGUUGAUAUUCCUUUGAAAUAUAACUUCCAUUUCUCUUCGUCACAUGUUGAGGUUAUCACGGGCAAACAAGAAGGUAUUUAUUCAUGGAUUGGAGUUAAUUUUGAGCUGGGAAGAUUUGAUCAUUCACACGAUAGCCAAGGUUCACCAGGUUUGAACAAUAGUGUGUCUGAUGUUCCCCGUAAAAGGACUGUGGGAUCCCUUGACAUGGGUGGAGGGUCUGCACAAAUUGCUUUUGAAGUUGCAAAGUCUGUAUGGGUUCCAUCAGAGCUGAGUGCCCAAGUUAACCUUGGCUGUGACUCCCAUCAAACUACGCAUAAUUAUUAUCUCUAUGUUGCUACAUUUCUUGGGUUCGGGGGUAAUGCUGCUCGAGACAGGUACACAGAACUUGUCAUCACGAAGAAUGCUACGCUGCCGGUUGAUCUUUCAACAGGUGCCUAUCUCGAUCCUUGUUUGCCGAACGAAUGCACAGAACAAGGGACACACAAGGGAAAGCCGUACAGCUUUCUUGGAACAGGAGAAUACCUAAAAUGUCAACAGCUUGUAGUUCCUCUUCUUAACCUCACCAAGCCCUGUCCAAAGAAGCCGUGUUCAUUUAAUGCAGUCUACCAGCCUCAUAUUGACUACGAGAACGUUGAGUUUUAUGGAUUCUCGGAGUACUGGUACUCUAUGCAUGAUGUGUUGAGAAUUGGUGGACAAUAUAGUGCGACUGACAUGAAGGGGGCUGUGCAGGAGUUCUGCAGCACUGGUUGGUCUGUUCUUGAGUCGCGUCAUUCUAAAGGCUUAUACCCUUUUGCGGAUGCUCAUAGGCUCAAGUUUCAGUGUUUCAAAGCAGCUUGGAUGACAGCAGUUCUUCACCAAGGUUUCAAAUUUCCGCAAAACUAUAGUAAUCUACACUCUGCCUUCUACAUCGGCGAUAAAGAAGUUCAAUGGACGCUUGGCGCUAUCCUCUACCGCACAAGGUUUCUUCCUCUUAGGGAAGUCCAGUUGCACUCGCAGUACAAAAGCACUUAUCACGCCUUUUGGAGUUACGUCAGUGAUCUAGAAUUCCGCAUCAUUUUUCUUGUGUGUAGUGUCACAGUGGUGGCCGCCAUCUUGCUUUACUGCAGGCGCUUGCGGCGCAUGAGCAAGACGUCUAGCUUUUGGCAGUACGACUCAACACCAGUGCUGUACAAUGUUGACGUGAUUCCGAGCAUUGAGAAGAUUCCUAUGAUAUGAAAGAAUGACGAUAUUAUAUUAUAGACUUGAAUAGAAUUAUUCAGUAUUAGUAGAAAAAUAAAAGCUGAUUGUACAAAGAAAAAAACAAGUAGACCGUUUUC